AUGGCAAGAACCAAGCAGACUGCUCGUAAAUCCACUGGAGGCAAAGCUCCCAGGAAGCAGCUGGCCACCAAGGCUGCCCGUAAAAGCGCCCCGGCCACCGGCGGCGUGAAGAAGCCUCACCGCUACAGGCCCGGUACUGUAGCUCUCAGAGAGAUCCGUCGCUACCAGAAAUCCACGGAGCUGCUCAUCCGGAAGCUGCCCUUCCAGCGCCUGGUCAGAGAAAUCGCUCAGGACUUCAAGACCGACCUGCGUUUCCAGAGCUCUGCUGUCAUGGCUCUGCAGGAGGCCAGCGAGGCUUACCUGGUCGGUCUCUUCGAGGACACCAACCUGUGCGCCAUCCACGCCAAGAGGGUCACCAUCAUGCCCAAAGACAUCCAGCUGGCCCGCCGCAUCCGUGGAGAGAGAGCUUAAACUCACAAAUACUCCACUAAACAACAACAACGGCUCUUUUAAGAGCCAAACACACUCCUCAAGAGCUGCAUCUCCUAGAUAGAUCAUAAUCAUUAUUUAACAUGUCAGGAUGUUUAUCUCCUCAUUGUUGACAUGUAUUAAAAUUAGGUUUA